AUGGUGAAAGAUAUGCUGGGCUAUCUCUUUCUUAUCCUUUUGUUUUUGGUGCUAGCAAUUCUUGCAAAACUCCCUUAUUUGAAUCAACGCUAUCAACGUUUGCCUGCUGUUUUCUCCACAAACUCAUUUCAAAGUGAUAUUGAAGGUGGAUUAACAUCAGAAUCCUUUGACCUUCACCAAAACCUUGUUGAUGGAGAUAACCGUUCAGGGUUAGAAGAUUCGGAAGAAAUCAAGCGAAUCAUGGAGACCGAAGGCCUGAAUUUUGAUCAGGCAAGAUUACUCAGAAUGCAAAGGAAAUUUAAAACCAAUAAUAUUGAUCCUCAGACGGGAGUGCCGCGAGACCCUAAAUUAGUUACUUUCUCUAAUUAA